AUGUAAUUUUAGUCUUAAUUAUUGCAGAAAUCAGAGCAACUAAGCUAAAUUCAAAAAUCUAUUAUUGAAAAAUAAUAGAAAAAGAAGAGUGAAAUCUUAGAACUCUCUUAAUCAUCCAAAAAUCAAAAACAUUUCAAAAAUUUAAUCUAAAUGUUUGAUGUCCUUCAGUAAAAACCCUUUAAGGCAUAAGAAUAUGAAACUAUUCUAAAGUUACUUUAGAGUAUUCCUAAAUAUGACAGCAAUUUUGAAUUCAUUUCUGUAGGUGCGAAAGGUUUGGUCCUUGGAACUUUUAACAAAACUUUAGGAUUUAAAACAGUUUUAAAGAUUCAAUAAGUUCAAUCUAAACAUGAAGUUGUUCAAGAAGUUGGAAUCAUGAGAGAUUGCUAAAUGCCUCUUGUCAUUAAGUUUUAUGGCUAUUUCUACUUGUCAGUCAAUAAAAAUGAUGAUUUUGUAGUUUAUGAGAUAGAGAAAUGUUCUGGUAACUUAAAAUAGUAUUUGACAAGACUUCAAAAAGAAAACAUUGCCCUUACUGAUAACCAAAAAAUGCAAAUUGCUGUAUAGAUUAUUGAUGUUGUAAAUUAUCUCAAUUAUAAUGGAAUUGUUCACAGAGAUAUCAAAUUAGAUAACAUUCUCUAUAUUGAAAGUUAAUCUGAUGUUCC